AUGGUUGUAUCGCAAUUCUGUCUAGUGAUGUCCUUGGGAGCUGUGUACGAUAAAAAUACGAUUGUCACGGACGAUUUUCCGGGCUAUCUGUACUUCAAAUUGGCCCUCAAGUAUCUGCAUGAAGUUAACUCGAGUUUCUCCUUGAUUGCAAUACAAACCCACAUCCUAUUUGCGUGGUACCUCCUUAUCCUCAAUCAGAGAGGACUUGCUUCAAUUCAUAGUGCGUGUGCCGUAAGAAAAGCCCUCCAUAUCGGCCUUCACAAACUGCCUGGGUCAAACGUCAGUCCAGUAGUAAAGGAACAUAGAUCACGAACAUGGUGGACGGCAUUUGUUAUGGAAAUGUUUUGUGUUUCGCUCUUGGGCACCCCGCAGCAUAUAUGCGUUGACCAUGUGGAUGUUCCGUUACCUUCAAGGACGCAGCUAGGAACAGACGAGGAAGGACUCUUUUUCGAUCACACUUACUUUACUUUGAACAUCAAGUUGGCGGUUAUUACGUCGAAAAUACUCUCGACCAUCUAUGCCAAAUCCUUUAAUAUCGCCAAAGACAUGCUGCAAAUCUUUUCUGUCUUGGAUAGUCUCGAGCAGUUUAAAAAAGAGCUACCUGCUGCUAUUAGACCCUCACUUGAAACAUCCACUGUUAAAGAAAGAAAGGACGCAUCGUUACUUUUGUUUUACAACCAGACGACCAUUUUGGCACUACGCCCAGUUUUUUUGUACUAUUUCAAUUUAGCGUCUAUGAAUUCUCCAAAAUUCAAUGACACAAUUUGGUCGUCGCAACCAGUCAUAACAGGACUUGCUGCUGCUACAAGCAUCAUCAAACUAAUGAAGUUUUGCAAAGAUAAUCAAUUGAUAUCAAAAUUAGGGUUUUACGACUCAAAUUACUUGUAUUCUGCCAUUCUGAUAGUUCUUAUCAGUAACAUAAUGAAGGGCCGGAAAGGCUUUUAUGAAAUAUUAGAACCUUUGUCAAUUCUCCAAUUUCAAUCUGCGUGUGGAAACAUGGCUGCCCGGUCAAUUAGUAAUGACUUGAACUCGUUUUUUCAAAUAGUAUCGAUUAACGAAUAG